UUAAGCUAAAGCAAGUGACCGACAGAGUUCAGUUGUUCGAUCACUUUCAUUUGGUGCUCAACAGUGAGAUAAAGUAUAGCCAACAUGCGAUUCGUUCUAACCGUCGGAUUACUUGUCAUCGCAAUUUUGACACAAUCAUUUGCUGACGAACAUAAACACGAUGGAGAAGACUCUCCAUGCGCCGAGCCAAAAUUCGUAUUGCCAGAGGAUAGAGCGGCCUGUUUAGCUACAAUUCCGCGUUGGUAUCACAAUCAUUCGUCGGGAAAAUGCGAAGAAUUAGAUUACGACGGAUGUAAUAAGAAUGCGAACAAUUUCGAGACGAAGGAAGAGUGUGAAAAAACAUGCGAUGCAUGGCAUGAAGCUCAUAAAGAUCACGACCAUGGACACGCGCACCACGGUCAUGGCCAUACACACCACCAACAUUAAAUCCUUCCGUGGAUAGGUGUAGUUUAUCAAAAUCUGAUAUCCCUUAAAUGAUAACAGUUUUUUUUCUGUUCAAACCAAGGAGAUUUAUUUCCUACCUCCAUGAAUGUCAUUUGUCGUGAAGCUUGAAUAAAGAACAAAUGUGAAUUAUUUUUGUUUAUCAGUGAAUGAUUUCGUUUUAUUCAAUCCGAUUCUAUGAAAUAUUGUGGUUAUUGUCUUUGAAACAAAAUCGAUUUUCAUGAAUUAUUUAGAUCUUUCUUUCGGUCGUGUCUAUAAAAAGGGCGAGCUCAGAAAUUGGAUCACCAUUUCAAAUCCAAUUGUCACUUCAAGCGAGAAAAAUGUUGAAGAGUAAAUUUCCGAAAACGAACCGAAUCGAAUUGUCUGACCAAAAGGUGGACAAUAUUUGGACAUUCUAUUCUAACAUAAGUACUUUACAUGGAGCACAACAUUUGAAAAACGAAAACAAGUCAUAUUGGCAACGCAUUUUCUGGAGCAUUGUCAUAAUAAGCGCUCUCCUUAGUACUGCAUAUAUUCAAACGCUUUUUCUUCAACGAUUUAUUGAGCGUCCGCUUGUAACAAGCCUUCAACGUGACUACUACACUUGGAACACAACAUUUCCGAGUUUUACACUAUGCAGUCAACGAAAAAUGAACGAAACGGCCUUACAAAUACACUUGAGGGAAAUGAACCUACCGCGACAUAGUAUGCUCAAAUUGGAAGCAUUUCUUCGCGUUUUGGUCAAUUUAACAAUGUACAACUUGGACAGUCUAUCAAAAUUCGGAGAUUUUAAAUCGCCAAUUGUCAUGCAGGUGAUAGAGAAGCUAACAAAUAAAUAUGAUUAUGAUGUUCUUAUCGACUCAGUUCCAAGUUUCAAAUUACAACGCACGAUGACCGAGCUAGGCAUUUGUGAUCAAUUCAAUUCGGAACUUUCACAAAUCUUUGCCACCGAUUUUCUUAUCAGUGAUCGUUUGCCAGCACAAAAGCCACUUUUUGAAAUAAACUAUUUCGAUACGAGCUCACAUAUUGUAUUGAAUGACCUGGAUGAUAGCAAUAUCCAUAUACACGGACCAUUUGAGUUACCACAAUAUUUACAAAAAAGAGAAAUUAGCGGCUCUGUUUCGCAAUAUAAAUCAUUUACCCUAACGGCGACUACAAUCGUGGCACGGCAAAAUGUUCGAGCGUUAUUCAUUUCGCAUCGUAAAUGCCGUUAUGUUGACGAGUCAGACUUGAGCCAUUUCCCCUCGAUGUACGCUUUUGAUUUAUGCAAAAUAGAAUGCCGCAUCAAAGCGAUUAUUGAACGUUGCAAGUGUGUGCCGUUCUUUUACAAAAAAUUGCCACAUGAAACCUAUUGCAAUGCUAAGCAGUUACUGUGUGUUGAAUUGUUAAAGGAUGAUAUCAAUGAAGCGACUAAAUCAUGCGAGUGCUAUCAAUUGUGUACCAAUGUGAAGUUCGGCAUACAAGGAGUGAAUUCAUUGAAUUGGCUGCAAAACAACAAAUUGCGCAUGGAAUUGAGUAAACCGAAAAUGAGAUUGAUUCGCGAAGCAUUGCACAGUUAUACUGAUGUCGUAGCUGCCAUUGGAGCCACAUUUUGUCUCUUCCUCGGCGCAAGCAUCCUUACAGUAGUGGAAAUUAUCUACCUUGGCUUUUUACAUUGUUUUAAAAAACAGUUUAAAACUGAAUGAUAUGGCUGGAGCUACGUAA